AUGUUGAAAUUCGCGGUUAUUUUUGUUAUUGGACUAUUGAUAGUUCCUCAUAUUCACAGUCAAGAUACCACCGAUUCAACCGCAAUCAUAGAUAGUACGACUACAGACCAAAUUCUUAGAACAUCAUUGCUCACCGAACAAUCAACUGAAGAGUCGGUGGUAUCUACAGCAGGUGACACAACUGUACCAAGACUGGAACCGACAACCGCUAAAGUCGACACAACGCGCCGUCCUUUUCCUCCAAUGUUUGAAUGUGAUUUUACUACUCCAUGUUUUGCAGAAAAUCAACUCGAUCGAACUGAUGGCAGUCAAUUCAAUCUUGGUCCGAUUUCCGAUACCUCACUACCGCCAGUAGCACCGACUUCUGAUGUUUCGUCUAUUACUAAUCCAACAAAUGACAGUCUGCCAUGUCAGUUACCCUAUCGACCUCAAUUAGAAAAUGGUACCGAUUUCGCUAACUGGAGCAUGUGGUUUUGCUAUAAUAAUGAAUGUCCAACAUCAAAUGAAACUCAAGGAACAUGCGUUUCAGGUUUAUAUGGACUCGUUUCGCUUAAUUCAUCUGAGUCAUCGAGGACAAUCUUUGAUUCUAUUAAUUCGACUGAUUCGAAUGCGAUUGCAGAAGAUUUUUCUGAAGUGCAAUGUCUCCGAUUUAAUUAUUAUUUUACUGUCUACGAUGGAGAAGAUUGGGGCCAAGAGAUUCAAGUGUGGAUAAGACCCAAUCAUGAAAUUAAUAAUCAAUAUUCAAUUGAAAACUUUACUGUGGCUGAUAUGAAUGAAAAUAAAUGGCAAAAUGGAGAAGUGACAUUCACCUCAGUAUCUUCUAAUUACACAUUAGCGUUUUCUUUUUUGGUCACUAAAGAAAACCAAGGAAAUGAGUCUGAAACCAAUAGAACAAUUUAUUUUGCAUUAGACAACAUAGAAUUAUAUGCCUUCAAUUGUUCAGUCCUGAAUAUUCAAAUCGAUUCUACAACCCCAAAUCCAGUUACGGAGCCAUCUUCAGCACCUGAUGCGACAUCAGGAGUAACAGUAACAGCAUUAACAACUGUUGCUGAAUCUAAGAACUCAAGUGCUAACAUCAAUUUACCUUUAAUUCUUGGCCUUUCGCUGGGUCUCGGCAUUCCAUUCGUUGUGUCCGUUACUGUCGGUAUUGUUUAUUAUUUCGCAGUACACAGGGCUAAAAUAAAUGAAGUAAAGCCAAUUAGUGAAACUAGAACUACUAAGAAGACUAGAACUACUAAAAACGGUGCAACUACAAAGAAAACUGCUGAUGUCACGAACGAAAUUCCUAUGGAAUCAAGGAAAACAAGGACGACAAAAAAGAAAACAGCUGAUGCAUCUGAUAUUAUUUGA